GCUAGUUCGGGCCUGUGGAGACGACUUCUCGUGGAUAUUCUCCGUAAACUAAUUCGUAAUCUCAAUAGGUGGAGCCGUAAACUGAUACGUAAUCUCGAUUGGCAGAGCGUCCUCAUGGCUUCUGAAGCAGAGGAUCGCUUCGACGGCCUUUUGCUGCGACUGGCCGAGGAGCACACGGAGGGAGGUAUCAAAGAGCUCCUGCACACUUUCUUCGGGUUUCUGCGGAGGAAGACUGAUUUCUACACUGGAGUGAACAGAGGAGAGGCGGAGAAAGUUGUACUGGAAGCAUUUCGCAAGAAUGAAGCACUAGCCCUAAAGGCAAAGAGAGAGAAGGAGAGGGAGAAGGAGAGGAAGGAGAGGGAGAAGGAGGAGAAGAAGAGAAAGGAGAAGGCGGCCUCCAUCAGAACAACCACAGAUGCACAACCUGGGAUCAUGGAGGUGACAGACGAAGAGGCCGCAGAAAUCGAGAGAGAGAAAUCUGAAAAAUCAGCUCCGCCUACUUCUCCGCCCGAUGGACCCAGUGCCACGCCUGCCACGCCCUCAUCCACUCAGGAAAAUGCAACUGACGCUAAAGAAAAUAAAUCGAGCAAAGUUAAGGACGAUUCCGAGGAGGAAGAAGAUGAAGAUGCGAAGGGAAAGCUGAAGCCAAAUUCUGGAAAUGGAGGAGAUCUCCCUAAUUACACCUGGACCCAGGUCACCCCUAAAAAAAAACUAGAGAACAUUUUUAACAUGGCAAACUUUUAGACGCUUCAAGAAGCAGAGGUGAGGGUACCAUCUGGCGUUACUUUUCCCAUCAAGGGUCGAGAUGUUGUGGUGGAUUUUCAACCAAAGCAUCUGAAGGUUGGGCUAAAGGGUCAUGAACCGAUCAUAGAUGGAGCACUGUACAAUAAGGUGAAGGUUGAAGAGUGUUUCUGGACAAUAGAGGACAGAAAGCUGAUCAUUGUUCAUCUGGAAAAGAUCAAUCGUAUGGAGUGGUGGAGUAGGAUUGUCACAACAGAUCCAGAGGUCAAUACCAAGAAAGUGCAGCCAGAGAACUCCAAGUUGUCAGAUUUGGACGGAGAGACGAGAGGGAUGGUGGAGAAGAUGAUGUAUGACCAAAGGCAGAAAGAGAUGGGUCUACCUACCUCUGAGGACCAGAAGAAGCAAGAUGUUUUGAAGAAGUUCAUGGAGCAGCACCCGGAAAUGGACUUCUCAAAAGCCAAGUUCAGCUAGACUUUGCUGCGUCUGCAUACAUGAUUUGUAUACGUGCCGUGCAUAUGCGCAGUUUGCUGAAUCUGCCCGCGCUUAGCCCCACACACGUACACACGUACGUGUCGUCAUAAUAUGUCGGAGCCGCGCGCGCGAUGCAUGGCGCGCGGGAAGCAUUCGCCCGCAGACCUGCUUCAAGUAG